AUGGGUAGAAAAUUGAAAGGGAAAGUUCCUGCCAAAGGGCUCAAAUCCCAAUUGAUGGCACAUCAAAAACAAAUUAAGCUGAUUCAAUUGGCACAAUCUAAGGCUAAUCCCAAGAGUAAAGCCCCGGCAAAGAAUGCGAAAAAUGCAGUAUCGGAAAAAGACGAAGAAAACAACAACAACAACAACAACAAUAACAAGUCUCAGCCAUCGCCUGUUGCUCCAGGAUACGUGCCAUUUGGUCCUGGUGAUAAAGUAUUGGUAUUAGGUGAUGGUGAUUUUUCCUUCUCUUUAUCAUGUCUUACCUCGAAAGCUUUCCAAGGGUCUAAUGUGUUAAUCACCAGUUACGAUCUGGGAGCUAAAGAAGUUUCGUUGAAGUAUCCUACUUCUGCAGAAGCCAAUCUUACGAAAUUGGAACAGUUAGGAUUAGGAAACCGAGUUUUAUUUAAAAUCGACGCUACAAAGUUGGUGAAAUCCUUGGGAGGGAAGAAAACCGGGAAAGUAAUUGGGAUGUUGGGAAAACCGGUAGUGGUGCCGCAGAAACCACUUGAUGGUGAUGCCAACAACAAAGAAGAAGGUUCUACUGAUCAUCAGAUAGGUGAAGAGGAUUUAUCAGAUAGUGAAAUGGCGGUAGUACCCACUAGCAAUCAUGCCUUGGAUUGUAUAAUUUUCAAUUUCCCACAUAAUGGCCGGGGCAUCAAGGACGUUGAGCGGAGUAUUAUGGAACACCAGCGACUUUUAUCGGAAUUUUUCAAUAGCGCGGUGGAAUUAUUAAAACUCGUUAAUGGGAAAACAUCAAUGAGAAAGAAAUCGUCCAAGUUCAACGGUGGUGGUGGACCACAAGACACCAUGGCGGGGUAUUCUACUGGUCCAAAGAAUAACAGCAACAACAACAACAACAACAACAACAAUAAUAAUAAUCGAUCCAAUGGGAAUUCUCGUAAAGACCUUGUGCCUGGUAGGGUUGUGGUGACAUUGUUUGAAGGAGAACCUUAUGAUUCAUGGGUGAUUAAGGCGCUUGCUCGUGAUUGUGGUUUGAAGCUUGUGAGAUCUGGACGGUUUGAUUGGCAGCAGUUUGAAGGGUACAAUCAUCGGAAAACUAACAAUGAGUGGGAGACCACUAAACCUCAGAAGGAAAGAAAAGCCAAGGUGUAUUGUUUUGAUAUGUUUGGAGCAAAAGCUGGGGCGCAGAAACUGAAGAAGGAGAAGGAUGACAGUGACAGUGAUCUGGAGUAG